AUUGAGAAUGCCUCAGAUGAUGACACCCUUCGAGUGCUUCAAGAAAGGGAUGAUAUCCAAUUCUUGAUGGCUCAAGCAGGGUUUGCGAAUGAAUAUCUCACAUUGAAGAGCACCAAGUAUUUAAGUUGCGACGUGACGAAAUUAAUGCUAUCCGCACUGGAUUGGAUUCUGUAAACUUGACAGAAUUUCUCCUUAUAAAUGAAAGCUGUAUUCUUAUGGUGUUCCCAUUCACUAGUGAUAUAUCAUACACAACCAAAGACGUACAGGAAAGCUUCACAGUAGCUGAUGAAACAACUUUGACUGUACAUGAAAUUCAAGUGGUUGAAUGGUUCCUUACUUAAACUGAUGAACUUACAGAGUGCAGUGAGUAGUACAUGUAGUUGCUAAAAGUAUAUGUCAUUGUUAAUUUAUCCUUACAGGUUAUCAUCUGGGGAACUAGGCUUUCUAGUGAGAGAAUGUUGAAGUUUUUUUUUUGACAUUUCAUAAUGGGGUUAAAAAUCAAAUGCCCAAAAGAAGCAAAGUGCUUCAUUUUGCUACAUGUACAGUGGCGUCUUCUGCAUGUAAUGUUCACUGCUAUUAUAGAGAGAUCCCUUCAGAACUGUUUGUCGUCUUAAGCAAAAUUCACUUGAGCAUACAUAUAUAAUAUUGAUUUCAUAAAUCACUGAUCAGUUCAUUUUCAGUUUGCAUUUUAGAACAACAUGAAUAAAAGCAUUUUUCAAUGCACGCACUGAACCAGUCGUGUCCUCCCUCUCACUUUUCAGUGUAACUGCUGUAGCCAAUUGUACUCUCAUGUUGUAUUAGUCAGUUCCUAUAUUUGAAAGGAAAAUGAACUUAUGAUGUGCCUACAAUGUAAAAUGAUUGACGUGAAGGAUUUAAACAUUGUGUACAAGUGUCCAAACCAACAUUGUCGCAGUUACAGUAUUUGUCCCCUCUUUAAGUUUAUAAAUUGAAGAUGUGUUUUGUUAAAGGAAAGAAAAUCAAUGAGGCCAUUUUUUUUUUCAUUUCAGAGAAACAGACAGACACUGUCAAUAGCACAGUCACUGAAACAACCUCUGAGCUGUCAGGUUUACCAACACUGAAGAAUCUCAUUUAG